AUGUCCGACGCUCUCUCCCUGCACCUCUGGCUCCUCUAUACCGAAAGUCUACGACUCCCACCCCAAAACCGCCGCCAGAGCCACCAACCCAGACCCCACGCGCAGCCGCAACAGCACCACCCACACGCCUCGUCAACCCCCUCUCUCCCCGUGUCGCCAGCCCCCCGGCCUGCCGCCGCGGCGAACCACCCGAUGCAUCUACCGCCAAAGCCGCCCAACACAUACAGCACGUCUCCCUCCACCACCCACACCAAAAGCUCGCGCAACCAUGGCAGCACCCCUUCCCACACCCCCACAUCCACACCACGCCUCUACCGCGCGCCCCCGCUGUACAGCCCCGCGACCACCUCGCGCACCGUCGUCAUGGAGCAGCAUCUCCGCUGCCCGCGCUGCGGCGUCGUCAUGCACCGCCUCACGCUGUCGGCGCCGGGGCAAGCCGACCUCCACCAAACGCAGCACCAGUGCGCGACGUGCGCGACGGCGUGGGCGAGCGCGGCGGAGGGGUUCUGCGCGUUUCCGGCGCUGAUGGUAAGGCCGGGGAGUAGUGGGAGUGUGGAGAGGACGGUGGGAGGACGGCGGGGGGGAAGGGUGGAGGGGGGUAGGGGUCUUUGGGGAGGUGGAGGGUGGAUUUAG